AUGUCUGAGCUGUAUGAGUCGGAGUCGCCACCGGAGGCGCGGCCGGGCAGCCUGUUCUCGCGGACCAACGCGCAGCCGGCGGCCGAGACCCUGCGCCGCUACCUGCUGGGCGGCGUGGCCUGGCGCUGCCUGGCGCUGCUGCGCGCGCUAGGAGUCGAGGGACUAUCCUGUUGCCGGCAACUGAGCUCGGUGCUGGUGUGGGUGUUCGGCGAGCUGACGGCGCCCGCCGCGCUCCCCGCGGGCCCCGCCCACACGCCGCUCCGUGGCACUCCUGCGCACGGCUCGCCUGCGGGGCCGCGCGUGCCCAUACACCAACUCUUCUCCAACAAAAUAUGGUCCAAACAAAAACCCUCGGGAAAUACGGCGCCUAAAAUCAACACGACAAACACAUCGGGAAAAGGCUCCACAACGGGAAGAUCACGACAUAAAUCGGAAACUAGUGAGAGAUUAAAACGAAAGUCUAUAAAAGAGAGCGAGCCGUCGUCGGAGUCGGGGGACACCAACGACGAGCUGCAGGUCCUGAACCGCUCGCUCACCAUCAAGGUGUGCUCGCCGGCCGACGACUUCGACUACUUCACGUCGCCGCUGCGCUCGCCCGCGCCGCCCGACCACUGCGAGCCCUACCACUCGCCGCGCCGCGCCAGGCCCAAGGCCGACGACUUCAUGACCGACAGGCACCGGGAACUACUCAACGCGGACGUCUCCGCCUUCGAGUUCAUCCUCAUGAUCACGGACCUGCUGCAGGAGCUCUGCCGCGCCGAGAGCAGCCUCUCGGGCUCCGAGGGCUCGCAGAUAUCCGUCCAGUGCAUAAACUUUUCCCUGCGAAACCUCUGCUCGCUGCAGUUCACCUCCGGGUCCGGGGCCGCCGCGGGGCAGAACGAGGAGGUGUCCAGGAUCAAGGUCGCGCUCACGGAGCUCCUCAUGGUGGCGCUGGACGAGGUGCUGAUACAUUCCGACCUCUGCGCCAAACUGAUCAACAACGGAAUCCUGCCCAUGCUGCUGCGACUGCUCGAGGACGUCAUUUGCAAAUGCAGCACCAAGUACCAGACGAAAACCGACACCCCCAACCGGGCCAAAAUUGAGACGCCUAGCCAGGCGGAGGCGAACGAUUUGCUCAAAUUCGUGUUCGGGAUCGCGUACUCGAUCCUCGCCUUCUUCCACUGCCUCCUGAUGCAGUGCCGGACCGUCGACAAGCUCCGGGAGUUCACCGACCAGUUCAAGCUGUACAGCGAGUGCCUCAAGGGCGGCCUGCUCAAGGACUGCAUCGAGCUGAUGAUCCGCAUCCCCGGCGUCGACGAGGACGAGGCCGUCGCGCUCAUCAGGCGGCUCGUCGAGGCCGCCGCGCGCCUCGUGGCCGCCAUGAAGCGCGUGCGCAGCCGCGUGCUGCACGCCGCCGCCUGCGCGCGCGCCCGCCACCGCGCCUGCGCCGCGCGCGUGCGGGCCGGCGCGCACCACCACCACGACGCGCUCGGGCCCGCGCGCGCCGGCCCGCCCGCCGCCUGCUGCGUGGCCGUGCUGUACGCCGCGCUGGCCGCGCUCGCCGCCGACCCCGCGCUGGCCGCGCGCGCGCCGCUGCGCCGCCAGCUGCUGCGCGCGCUGCUGCGCUGCGGCGCCUGCUGCUGCUUCCCGCCCGCCGCGCUCAUGCAGAGCGUGGUGCGGCUCGCGCUCACGCACCCCGCCGCCGCCGCGCCCGCGCUGCGCCUGCUGGAGCGCGCCGCCUACGGGCCGCGCGAGCCGCCCGGCCGCCUGCCCUGCGCCGUGUGCGAGCCGCCCGCCCGCGCGCGCGCGCCCUGCCCGCACGGCGCCGAGCGCGAGGGCGCGUGCUCGUUCCUGGUCCACUACAACUCGCUGCUGCAGCUGGACAACCACGCCAGCGUGCUGCACGCGACCGUCGGCCACCUGCUGCGCGUGACGCCGCGCUGCCGCACCGAGAUGAAGCGCGAGCUGCUGUUCGGCGUGAUCUACCCGACGUUCAUCGUCGCGAAGCACCGCUACGCGAUCCGGCUCGAGGAGUCGGCGUACUUCCUGACGGCGUCGUGCCUGAACAUCUUCGCGAGCCUGCUCAACGCGGUCCCGUUCGCGGAGCAGUUCAUCCAGAAGGGCGGGCUCAGCUACGUGCUCGAGCUGGUGUCGACGCCGGAGUUCUCGAACCAGUGCUGCGCGAUUCUCGAGAUAGCGAUAGUCGUCGAGAUCUUCAAGCUGACGCGCGACGACCCGGACGCGUCGCCCCGCCGCGACGUCGGGCAGCUCGCGUCGGUGCGGAUGCUGUUCAGGUCGCUCGCGGAGAUGAACGACAAGUUCUACAGGAUAUACCGGCUGAGGCUGCCGGAGGAGGAGUUCGCGAGGGCGUGCGACGCGAGCGAGGAGAUGGCGGCGCUGGGGCUGGCGGGGCCCGCGCGGGCGCCCGAGGCGCGCGGGGCGGAGGGCGCGGAGUCGGUGGAGUGCGUGGAGGACCACGUGGAGGUGCUGAAGACGGUGGGCACGUUCUGGCGCACGUGCGCGACGCUGUGCGUGUGCAGCCCGUGGUUCCGCGCUGCGGCGGCGGGCGCGGCGCUGCGCGACAGCUGGGCGCUGCUGCGGCUGGCGCUGCUGGGGCUGCGCGGCGACGCGGGCGCGGGCCGGCGCGCGCUGGUGCGCCUGCUGGAGGCGCUGCUCACGGUGCACUUCGCGCUGGCGGAUGUGACUGGGGGCCGGUCUGCGAGGCUGAGCUGCGAGCUGGUGCGGGCGGCACUAGCUGCGCCCGGCGCGCUGGGCGACGAGGGCUCGGGCGCGGGGCUGCGCGCGCUGUGCGAGGCGCUGCUGCGGGUGGCGGCCGCGCGCGCCAGCCCGCGCCACUGCAUGCCGCGACACCACCUCGCUAAGGUGCCGCCGCUCCUGUGCGCGUCGGGCAGCAGCUCGGCCGACGGCUCGUCCAGCGACGCCAGCGCGGGCGCCGUGCGCGCCAGCGACCUCAGCGACGGCGCGCGACCCGACGAGGGAUACGAGGCAGAUGUAGAAAUCGGUAAUUUGGACAUUGUAGCUGAAAAAGCAAGAAGGCUAUCAUCGUCUUUACCGCUCAGUGACAGCUCUUUUGUGGCCGCGCUGCUGACGCGCCCGCACGAGCCGCCGCUGCAUGGUACGUGGCUGCAGCGCUGCAGCAUGCUAGCGAGCGAGAGCAUGCCUCCCAGGUGUCUCGGCUGGCGGGGCCGCGUGCUGGCGCCUCCAGUGGCCGCGCUGCUGACGCGCCCGCACGAGCCGCCGCUGCAUGGUACGUGGCUGCAGCGCUGCAGCAUGCUAGCGAGCGAGAGCAUGCCUCCCAGGUGUCUCGGCUGGCGGGGCCGCGUGCUGGCGCCUCCAGUGGCCGCGCUGCUGACGCGCCCGCACGAGCCGCCGCUGCAUGGUACGUGGCUGCAGCGCUGCAGCAUGCUAGCGAGCGAGAGCAUGCCUCCCAGGUGUCUCGGCUGGCGGGGCCGCGUGCUGGCGCCUCCAGUGGCCGCGCUGCUGACGCGCCCGCACGAGCCGCCGCUGCAUGGUACGUGGCUGCAGCGCUGCAGCAUGCUAGCAGACGUGGAGGACGAGCAUGCCUCCCGAGGAGAACUGCAACGCAGCGUGCUAGAGCUGAUCCACGUGCUGGCGUCGUCACGCCUCGAAGCGGGCGCGCUGGCGGCGCUGCUGGGCCUGUUCCUGGGCGACGCGCCGCCGCUAAGCGCCCUCCUGGGCGCGCUGCUACGCCUGGCCACCCCGCGAGCCGUCACUCCCGACGCACUGCUCACCUUCCCCACCGUGCGGCAUCAAGUGUCAGAGCCAGUGGCGCCGCUGACGGCGGAGAUGAGCAGCAUGUCGCUGGGCCCAGUCUCGGCGCAGAGCUACCACGCCGAGGCGCUCGCCAAGCGCCUUUGUGACGCGCACAUUGCGGCAGGCAUCCGGUCGGCGUGGUCGUGCUGCGCGGCGCGCUGCGGCGUGGAGGGCGCGGGCUGGGCGCCGUGGGCGGGCGGCUUCGCGCUCGCCGCCUGGCUGCGCGCCGCGCCCGCACACGCCGCUGCUAGCGUGAGCGCGAGGGAACCCUCCAACUGGGACGACGUAGACGAGUGGCAGGAGGAAUCAGGAUCGUCUGCGCCGGCGCCGGAGACUCGCAGCAGCGGCGCGCUGGCGCACGUGGUGUCGCUGGGCACCGACUCGCUGCUGUUCGAAGUCUGGCUCGACGUGCGCGCCGGCUCGCUGGUGUUCCGGCUGUCUCGGCCGGAGGCGGCGGGCGGCGCGGCGAUGGCGGAGGCGCGGCUGGAGACGGGCGCGCGCGCGUGGGCGCACCUCGCGCUCAACGUGCACGAGCGCGUGCACAAGCGCCGCAUACACGUGCAGGUUACAGUCUUCAUAAACGGACUUGAGCUGGAUACUAUUACACUACCAUUACAAGGCAUCCUAGUCCGCAAGGUGUCUCCCACUAACUUGCUACUCGGCUGGGCGCCGGCGGACGCGAGCGGAGCGGAGGCGGGCGCGGGAGCGGACGCGUACCACCUGGCGGGCGUCAGCGUGUACCGCGCGCCUCUACUCAGCACAUACACCGCGCUACACUUGGCUGCACACGGGCCGGAUAACUCCUGCUACGUACGAUGCGAGUCUCCACACUUUGCUUCAGUACUCACGCCGAACAUACUCGACUCAAAUAUCGAUUGGGACCAGGUGGUGGAGCUGGACGGGUCCCCGACGGAGCAGGCGGCGGCGCUGCGGCUGCUGCUGCGCGCAAGCGGGCUGGACGCGCGCCUGCACGCCGCCGCGCUGGCGCCGCCCACACUCGACAUGCUGCUCGUCGUGCUCGCCAGCCCCGAGUGCCACGUGGGACACCACCUGCUGCGGCCCCGAGUGCCACGUGGGACACCACCUGCUGCGGGUGAGUGUAGCCUACAGCUGCAGCAGGCGGCGGGCUGGACGCGCGCCUGCACGCCGCCCACACUCGACAUGCUGCUCGUCGUGCUCGCCAGCCCCGAGUGCCACGUGGGACACCACCUGCUGCGGCCCCGAGUGCCACGUGGGACACCACCUGCUGCGGGUGAGUGUAGCCUACAGCUGCAGCAGGCGGCGGGCUGGACGCGCGCCUGCACGCCGCCCACACUCGACAUGCUGCUCGUCGUGCUCGCCAGCCCCGAGUGCCACGUGGGACACCACCUGCUGCGGCCCCGAGUGCCACGUGGGACACCACCUGCUGCGGGUGAGUGUAGCCUACAGCUGCAGCAGGCGGCGGGCUGGACGCGCGCCUGCACGCCGCCCACACUCGACAUGCUGCUCGUCGUGCUCGCCAGCCCCGAGUGCCACGUGGGACACCACCUGCUGCGGCCCCGAGUGCCACGUGGGACACCACCUGCUGCGGGUGAGUGUAGCCUACAGCUGCAGCAGGCGGCGGGCUGGACGCGCGCCUGCACGCCGCCCACACUCGACAUGCUGCUCGUCGUGCUCGCCAGCCCCGAGUGCCACGUGGGACACCACCUGCUGCGGCCCCGAGUGCCACGUGGGACACCACCUGCUGCGGGUGAGUGUAGCCUACAGCUGCAGCAGGCGGCGGGCUGGACGCGCGCCUGCACGCCGCCCACACUCGACAUGCUGCUCGUCGUGCUCGCCAGCCCCGAGUGCCACGUGGGACACCACCUGCUGCGGCCCCGAGUGCCACGUGGGACACCACCUGCUGCGGGUGAGUGUAGCCUACAGCUGCAGCAGGCGGCGGGCUGGACGCGCGCCUGCACGCCGCCCACACUCGACAUGCUGCUCGUCGUGCUCGCCAGCCCCGAGUGCCACGUGGGACACCACCUGCUGCGGCCUACAGCUGCAGCAGGCGGCGGGCUGGACGCGCGCCUGCACGCCGCCCACACUCGACAUGCUGCUCGUCGUGCUCGCCAGCCCCGAGUGCCACGUGGGACACCACCUGCUGCGGGUGAGUGUAGCCUACAGCUGCAGCAGGCGGCGGGCUGGACGCGCGCCUGCACGCCGCCCACACUCGACAUGCUGCUCGUCGUGCUCGCCAGCCCCGAGUGCCACGUGGGACACCACCUGCUGCGGGUGGUGCUAGAGGAGGCGUGCAGCGCGCCGGUAUUAGCACUAGGUGCAGGCGGGUCGCUGACGGUGCUGCGCUCGGGCGCCGCGCUGCUGGAGCCCGCGCUGUUCGCGAUGCUGCUGCGCGCCUGGCCGCAGCUGGACUCAUCGCCGGAAGUGACAUGGGAGGUGGAGGGCGUGGGCGCGCGUGCGCAGGGCUCGGCGUGGGCGCUGCUGCUGGCGUGCGGCGCGAGCCUGCUGCGCGCACAACACCCGCUGCGCCGCUUCAACGCGCACCAGGCCGCGCGCGCCGACCUGCUGCGACACCUGCUGGUGGCUUGCAAGGAGAGGUUCCUGAACUCGGACUGCCCGCCGCUGAGCGCGGCCACCAGCAACACGCUGGUGGAGCUGGUGGGCGCGCUGCUGGGCGCGCCGCCGCUGCUGCCGCACGUCGCGCUGCUGGCAGACUUCUUGCUGCUCAUGCACCAGGUACUGCACUCGGACUGCCCCACCAGCAACACGAUGGUGGAGCUGGUGGGCGCGCUGCUGGGCGCGCCGCCGCUGCUGCCGCACGUCGCGCUGCUGGCAGACUUCUUGCUGCUCAUGCACCAGGUACUGCACUCGGACUGCCCCACCAGCAACACGCUGGUGGAGCUGGUGGGCGCGCUGCUGGGCGCGCCGCCGCUGCUGCCGCACGUCGCGCUGCUGGCAGACUUCUUGCUGCUCAUGCACCAGGUACUGCACUCGGACUGCCCGCCGCUGAGCGCGGCCACCAGCAACACGCUGGUGGAGCUGGUGGGCGCGCUGCUGGGCGCGCCGCCGCUGCUGCCGCACGUCGCGCUGCUGGCAGACUUCUUGCUGCUCAUGCACCAGGUACUGCACUCGGACUGCCCCACCAGCAACACGCUGGUGGAGCUGGUGGGCGCGCUGCUGGGCGCGCCGCCGCUGCUGCCGCACGUCGCGCUGCUGGCAGACUUCUUGCUGCUCAUGCACCAGGUACUGCACUCGGACUGCCCCACCAGCAACACGCUGGUGGAGCUGGUGGGCGCGCUGCUGGGCGCGCCGCCGCUGCUGCCGCACGUCGCGCUGCUGGCAGACUUCUUGCUGCUCAUGCACCAGGUACUGCACUCGGACUGCCCCACCAGCAACACGCUGGUGGAGCUGGUGGGCGCGCUGCUGGGCGCGCCGCCGCUGCUGCCGCACGUCGCGCUGCUGGCAGACUUCUUGCUGCUCAUGCACCAGGUACUGCACUCGGACUGCCCCACCAGCAACACGCUGGUGGAGCUGGUGGGCGCGCUGCUGGGCGCGCCGCCGCUGCUGCCGCACGUCGCGCUGCUGGCAGACUUCUUGCUGCUCAUGCACCAGGUACUGCACUCGGACUGCCCCACCAGCAACACGCUGGUGGAGCUGGUGGGCGCGCUGCUGGGCGCGCCGCCGCUGCUGCCGCACGUCGCGCUGCUGGCAGACUUCUUGCUGCUCAUGCACCAGGUACUGCACUCGGACUGCCCCACCAGCAACACGCUGGUGGAGCUGGUGGGCGCGCUGCUGGGCGCGCCGCCGCUGCUGCCGCACGUCGCGCUGCUGGCAGACUUCUUGCUGCUCAUGCACCAGGUACUGCACUCGGACUGCCCCACCAGCAACACGCUGGUGGAGCUGGUGGGCGCGCUGCUGGGCGCGCCGCCGCUGCUGCCGCACGUCGCGCUGCUGGCAGACUUCUUGCUGCUCAUGCACCAGGUACUGCACUCGGACUGCCCCACCAGCAACACGCUGGUGGAGCUGGUGGGCGCGCUGCUGGGCGCGCCGCCGCUGCUGCCGCACGUCGCGCUGCUGGCAGACUUCUUGCUGCUCAUGCACCAGGUACUGCACUCGGACUGCCCCACCAGCAACACGCUGGUGGAGCUGGUGGGCGCGCUGCUGGGCGCGCCGCCGCUGCUGCCGCACGUCGCGCUGCUGGCAGACUUCUUGCUGCUCAUGCACCAGGUACUGCACUCGGACUGCCCCACCAGCAACACGCUGGUGGAGCUGGUGGGCGCGCUGCUGGGCGCGCCGCCGCUGCUGCCGCACGUCGCGCUGCUGGCAGACUUCUUGCUGCUCAUGCACCAGGUACUGCACUCGGACUGCCCCACCAGCAACACGCUGGUGGAGCUGGUGGGCGCGCUGCUGGGCGCGCCGCCGCUGCUGCCGCACGUCGCGCUGCUGGCAGACUUCUUGCUGCUCAUGCACCAGGUACUGCACUCGGACUGCCCCACCAGCAACACGCUGGUGGAGCUGGUGGGCGCGCUGCUGGGCGCGCCGCCGCUGCUGCCGCACGUCGCGCUGCUGGCAGACUUCUUGCUGCUCAUGCACCAGGCCAGCGACACGUUUGUAACCCACUCGCGCGCCAACUUCUACUUCCUGCUCACUCCCGAGACGCAAGAGAUGAGUGACUUCAACACCAACUCUCUGAAGAAGAAGCCUUCCCGGCGGCGGCGUCAGGAGCGAGCCAGUGUCACCAGCGCCCCAGCUGAGGGUGCCCCUGUGGAUAGCGCCCCUUCAGAAGGAACCCCUACGGAACCCGGCGAGCCGCGGGACACAGGGCAGCUCACAGACACCGACGCUGAGAAGACGGACCCUGACAGUAGCGUGGACUCCACCAAGAAGAUGAAGGGCAUCAUCAACUCUCAGAUUAAGGAAAACCAAAAAACAACGGACACAUCUUCGGUAACGGAAACCUCAGACCCGCCGCCAGCAGUAGAGCGGGCGCGGGCGGGCGCGCGCGACGCCGACCUCACGGAGUACAUUGUUGUAGAUGUCGACGACGUCAGCCACACCACCGUCGACCUCUACACCGGCGGGAUAUACCACCAGCGGCGGCUGCGCGCAGGGGCGGAGCCCGGCUGGACGGCGUGCGAGGGGCUGCUGCUGCUGCUGCGCGACGCCGUGGCCGUGCUGCCCGACGACCAGCUCGCGCAGGCGCUGUGCGGCGCCGUGUCGGUGGAGAGCCUGAUCGUGCUGGCCAACCACCGCAGCGGCAGCGUGCGCGCCGCGCUCGUGCGCGUGCUGGCCGCGCUGCAGCGCCGCGACCCGCCCGACCUCGCGCGCAAGCUGCGCCACCAGCACUACCUGCUGCACCUCGCCAACCAGAUAUCGUUGUACGAAGGCACGUGGGAGCUGGCGGAAGCUUGUGCUGCUCUACUUACAAAGUGCGAUGUUCCUCUUGAAGAUCAGCUGGACGAAGACAUCUGGGUGGAGGCGCGCGACGAGUGGACGUGGCGCGCGGCGCCGCUGCUGGCGCUGCUGCCGUGCUGCCUGCGCUGCGUGCCGCUCGCGCACAACGUGGCGCGCCUGCUCGUGCGCCUCGUGCACGUGUCGUCGCUGCGAGCCCUGGGCGAGGUGUGUCUGGCGGAGGUGGUGGUGCGCGCGGUGCGCGGCGCGGGGGCGCUGGGCGCGCGCGAGGGCCGCUCGCUGCUGCAGCAGGACCUGCACGACCUGCUCGAGGCCGUCGCGCUCAAGGCGCUCGCCGCUCCGCACGGCAUGCAGGUACUGGAGCGGAGCUGGUGGCGCGAGGGCCGCUCGCUGCUGCAGCAGGACCUGCACGACCUGCUCGAGGCCGUCGCGCUCAAGGCGCUCGCCGCUCCGCACGGCAUGCAGGUACUGGAGCGGAGCUGGUGGCGCGAGGGCCGCUCGCUGCUGCAGCAGGACCUGCACGACCUGCUCGAGGCCGUCGCGCUCAAGGCGCUCGCCGCUCCGCACGGCAUGCAGGUACUGGAGCGGAGCUGGUGGCGCGAGGGCCGCUCGCUGCUGCAGCAGGACCUGCACGACCUGCUCGAGGCCGUCGCGCUCAAGGCGCUCGCCGCUCCGCACGGCAUGCAGACGAUAUGCGACAUCCACUACCAGCUGACGUUCGUGGAGCAGACUGAGAGCGACGAAGCGGUCCGCAUCGCGUGCCGCUCGGCGCAGGUGGCGCUGUUCAACGCGCAGUUAGCUCAGCUGGAGGAGCGCCUGGCCGACGCCGCGCCGCACAACAAGUACGCCACCUACUUCAGCACGGUGCUGUCAUCGGCGAUGUCGGUGGGCGGCGAGGCGCGCGUGGACCGCGCGGAGUUAGCGGCGCGGCACGUGGCGACGGUGACGCGGGCGCUGGCCUUCCUGCAGUCGCACUCGCCGCGCGACCCGCUGCCGCCCGCCCACGCGGCCCUCUACGACCGCCUGCUCGCCACGCUGCUCAUAGCUGUGAGCGGAUCAUCGAGCGGCACCCGCGCGCGCUGGUGGUCCGGCGGCGGCGCGGAGUGGGCGGCGCUGCUGCAGGAGGCGGUGUGGUGGGGCGGCGCGCCGGCCUCGGGCGCGCGCGAGCUGCAGCCGCGCCUGCUGCGCCGCCUCUACCGCGCCAGCCCGCAGGCGCUGCAGGCGCUCACGCCGCAGGAGCCCGGCGCCAGCAGGCAGGUGCGUGUGACCUGCAGCUGGAGCCCCGGCCGCGCUGCAGGAGGCGGUGUGGUGGGGCGGCGCGCCGGCCUCGGGCGCGCGCGAGCUGCAGCCGCGCCUGCUGCGCCGCCUCUACCGCGCCAGCCCGCAGCUGGAGCCCCGGCCGCGCUGCAGGAGGCGGUGUGGUGGGGCGGCGCGCCGGCCUCGGGCGCGCGCGAGCUGCAGCCGCGCCUGCUGCGCCGCCUCUACCGCGCCAGCCCGCAGGCGCUGCAGGCGCUCACGCCGCAGGAGCCCGGCGCCAGCAGGCAGGUGCGUGUGACCUGCAGCUGGAGCCCCGGCCGCGCUGCAGGAGGCGGUGUGGUGGGGCGGCGCGCCGGCCUCGGGCGCGCGCGAGCUGCAGCCGCGCCUGCUGCGCCGCCUCUACCGCGCCAGCCCGCAGCUGGAGCCCCGGCCGCGCUGCAGGAGGCGGUGUGGUGGGGCGGCGCGCCGGCCUCGGGCGCGCGCGAGCUGCAGCCGCGCCUGCUGCGCCGCCUCUACCGCGCCAGCCCGCAGGCGCUGCAGGCGCUCACGCCGCAGGAGCCCGGCGCCAGCAGGCAGGUGCGUGUGACCUGCAGCUGGAGCCCCGGCCGCGCUGCAGGAGGCGGUGUGGUGGGGCGGCGCGCCGGCCUCGGGCGCGCGCGAGCUGCAGCCGCGCCUGCUGCGCCGCCUCUACCGCGCCAGCCCGCAGCUGGAGCCCCGGCCGCGCUGCAGGAGGCGGUGUGGUGGGGCGGCGCGCCGGCCUCGGGCGCGCGCGAGCUGCAGCCGCGCCUGCUGCGCCGCCUCUACCGCGCCAGCCCGCAGGCGCUGCAGGCGCUCACGCCGCAGGAGCCCGGCGCCAGCAGGCAGGUGCGUGUGACCUGCAGCUGGAGCCCCGGCCGCGCUGCAGGAGGCGGUGUGGUGGGGCGGCGCGCCGGCCUCGGGCGCGCGCGAGCUGCAGCCGCGCCUGCUGCGCCGCCUCUACCGCGCCAGCCCGCAGCUGGAGCCCCGGCCGCGCUGCAGGAGGCGGUGUGGUGGGGCGGCGCGCCGGCCUCGGGCGCGCGCGAGCUGCAGCCGCGCCUGCUGCGCCGCCUCUACCGCGCCAGCCCGCAGGCGCUGCAGGCGCUCACGCCGCAGGAGCCCGGCGCCAGCAGGCAGGAGGCGGUGUGGUGGGGCGGCGCGCCGGCCUCGGGCGCGCGCGAGCUGCAGCCGCGCCUGCUGCGCCGCCUCUACCGCGCCAGCCCGCAGGCGCUGCAGGCGCUCACGCCGCAGGAGCCCGGCGCCAGCAGGGCUGUGUUCCGCAAGCAGGCAGUAUGCGCGCGGCUGGCAGAGGGCGCGAUGGCGGUGACGCGCGCGGCGGUGGAGGCGCAGAACGCCGAGCGCAAGGGCUUCAUGCAGCACCUACGCCGGCGCCACGCCGCGCGCCACGCCGCCGCCACGCGCUGGGCGCGCCUCGUGCGCGACUACACGCACGACCGGGCGGUGUUCCACGAGGCGCGCAGCUGGCCGGCGUCGUGGCAGCUGGACCCGACGGAGGGCCCGGGCCGCGUGCGCGUGCGCCUGCGCCGCGCGCACCUGCGCAUCCACAAGCGCUUCCUGCAGCCGGCGCAGCAGUACAAGCCAGAUCUUGCCAAGCGACCGCCACCGCUGCGUAGCGUGCUGGGCCGCAGCGCGACGGAGCGCGACGGGCUGGCGGCGCGGCUGCAGCUCAACGAGUGCGUGGCGUGCAUGGCGCGCGUCACGCACGUCACGCACGACAGCGAGACCUGCGGCGAGCUGCUGCUCACGGACAGAUCCAUCCACUUCGUGCCCGAAGACAGCGGCUCGGACGACGAGAGCUGGGAGCCGUGGGCGGCCGGGCGCGCGCAGUGCUGGUCGCUGAGCAGCGUGACGGCGGUGGGCACGCGGCGCUGGUGCCUGCAGGAGCGCGCCGUCGAGCUGUUCCUGUCGUCCGGGCACGCCCAGCUGCUGGCCUUCGACUCGGAGGCUGAGCGCGCCAACUUCCUCAAGGCGCUGAAGAACUGCCACUUGCCGAACAAGCAAGAAGAAGACACGCUAGCCGAAGCCAUGAACCAGUGGCGCAACGGCAGCAUCACCAACUGGGAGUACCUGAUGCGGCUCAACGGGCUCGCCGGCCGCUCCUACAACGACCUCAUGCAGUACCCCGUCUUACCCUUCGUGCUGGCCGACUACACCAGCCGCGUGCUGGACCUGACCGCGCCCGAGACCUUCCGAGACCUCACCAAGCCCAUGGCUGUGCAGCGCAAGAGUCGGGAGCAACACUACAUUAACACCUACAAUGACCUGAAGGCGGCACGGCGCGAGGGCUGCAGCCCCGUGGUAGCGCGGCAGCCGCACCACUAUGCGUCGCUGUACAGCAACUCGGGCGGCGUGCUGCACUACCUCGUGCGCCUGCCGCCCUUCACGGAGCUGUUCCUCAACUACCAAGACAACAACUUCGACAUGCCGGACCGCACGUUCCACUCGCUGGCGACGACGUGGCGGCUCAUCACCAACGACUCGCCCACCGACGUCAAGGAGCUCAUCCCCGAGCUCUUCUACCUGCCCGAGCUGUUCCACAAUAAUGAAGGCUUGGAGCUGGGCGUGCGUCAGUGCGGGCUGGGCGUGGACGACGUGGAGGUGCCGGCGUGGGCGGCCGAGGCGCGCGCCUUCGUGCUGCUGCACCGACAGGCGCUCGAGGCGCCGCACGUCACCGAGCGCCUGCCGCACUGGCUCGACCUCGUGCUCGGCUACAAGCAGACCGGCCAGGCCGCCGUCGACGCGCUCAACGUGUUCCCCGCCUGCGUGAGUACCGGCGAGCUGGCGCGCUCCCAGGCUGGCUGGCAGGCGCUCGAGGCCGCACGUCACCGAGCGCUGGCUGGCAGGCGCUCGAGGCCGCACGUCACCGAGCGCCUGCCGCACUGGCUCGACCUCGUGCUCGGCUACAAGCAGACCGGCCAGGCCGCCGUCGACGCGCUCAACGUGUUCCCCGCCUGCGUGAGUACCGGCGAGCUGGCGCGCUCCCAGGCUGGCUGGCAGGCGCUCGAGGCCGCACUACCGGCGAGCUGGCGCGCUCCCAGGCUGGCUGGCAGGCGCUCGAGGCCGCACGUCACCGAGCGCCUGCCGCACUGGCUCGACCUCGUGCUCGGCUACAAGCAGACCGGCCAGGCCGCCGUCGACGCGCUCAACGUGUUCCCCGCCUGCACGUACUACGGCUUCGACCCGGCGGCGCUGGAGGACGAGGUGGACCGCACGGCGGCGGCGGCCAUGGUGCGCACGUACGGGCAGGCGCCGCGCCAGCUGCUGCGCCAGCCGCACCCGCACGCGGCGCACGAGCUCACGCGCGCCGCGCCGCACCGACAGCUGGAGGCGUGGGGCGGGGCCAUCGGCGUGCGCUGGGGCCGCUACUGCGGCUCGCCCGAGCUGCCCGACCCAGUCGUGGUGGCGCGCCGCGCGGGCGCCGCGAGCGUGGUGCCGCUGCCCGCGCCGCGCCUCGCCGCCGCCUUGCCGCAGGCCAGCGCGCUGCUGGCGCUCCCGGGCGACGCGUCGUCGAACAGUGCAGGUGGCGGGGCAUGGGGCGUGGUGUCGUGGGGCCACUGGGACGGCGUCGUGCGCUUGCGCCAGCGCCGCGACGCGCCGCCCGACCUGCUGCUGCAGGUGCCGCCGCUCGACCAGAUAACCCUGAUGACGUCGUCCACGAGCGCGUCGUGCCCGGUGAUCGUGGGCUACGCGUCGGGGCGCGUGGAGGCGUGGCGCGUCGCCGUGGUGCGCGGCGCUCCGCCCCGUCUGCGCGCGCGGGCCUUGUUAGCGCACCGCGCGCCGCUCGCCGCCGCCCACGCCUGCCCGCCUGCUGCCACGCUUGCCACUGCUGAUGCCCAUGGAGUUAUUUUGCUUUGGGACCUGGCCGAUGCCACCGCCUGCCCGCCUGCUGCUACCCUCGCCACCGCUGACACGCAUGGCGUUAUACUGCUGUGGGACCUGGCCGAAUUGACUUACAUCCGCACGCUUCCGAACCGGGACAUGCUGCCGGUGACGCACCUGGCGAUAAGCCCCACGCUGUCCGACGUGGCGUCAGUACACGACACGACUCGCUCCCCGGACAGCCCGGACGCGCCGGACGCGCGCGAGCAGCCGCCCGGACAGGACGGCGACGCUGACUCCUACGAGAGGGACGCCACCGACAAGUACCAGUCGCUCAUCAGAGUGCAUACCGUCAAUGGGCGGUUCGUCGGCAGCGUGCGCGUGACGGAGCGCGUGACGUGCGUGUGCUACUCGGCGGCGGCGGAGGGCGCCAGCGUGAACGUGGUGGCGGCCGGGCUGGCGGGCGGCGGCGCGGCGCUGUACUCCUCCUGGGACCUGCGGCCCGUCGCGCGCCUGCCGCCCGCGCUCGCCGGGCCCGCGCGGCCCACGCGGCUCUGCAGGUAA